GGUAGCCCAGCUCCCCCCUCCAGGCCCAACUUCGAGGGAUCCGUGUUCAGUGCUCCAGCCCGGGGACGCCCCGGACGCUCCUAUCCCGGACUCGGACUCCCCGAGGCCCUGCUGCGCUGACUGCUGUCCCGGACUCUGGCUCCGAGCGGCUGCUGCGGAGCGCUCGCCUUCGCGUCCGCCUCAGCCUCCACCUGUCCCCGGUGCCUGUCCCCGACUCCCUCCCUCCGUGCUGCCCACGCCCCCCUUCCCGGCCCCCUGCCCUGGCCCCUGCCCUCACUCUUGCCCUUACCGUGCCCCUGCCCUCUCGCUCUCCGCAGGCCCAAGAGCGCUCCCGCCCCUUUGGGGGAUCUUUCAGCAUGUCGUGCGUGGAGCUGCUGACCAUGUGCCUGCUCCGGCCCAAGGCUGCCGCCCGAGAGCCCCCCGCAGCCCUCCCCGCGGUCCCACCCCCGGCCUUCGCUGGCCUCGGACUCUUUCAGGACGUUUUCCGUCGAGCUGAUAAGAAUGAUGAUGGGAAGCUGUCCUUUGAGGAAUUCCAGAAUUAUUUUGCAGAUGGGAUUCUCAGUUCCGGGGAACUCCGGGAGCUCUUCAGCAGCAUUGACCGGCGUUACUCAGACAAUCUGGAAACUGAGAAGCUUUGCGACUAUUUCUCAGAGCACCUGGGUGCAUACCGACCUGUGCUGGCUGCCUUGGAGGCCCUGAACAGCGCAGUGCUCGCCGCCAUGGAUGCCACCAAGCUGGAGUAUGACCAUGCAUCUAAAGUGGACCAAUUUGUAAUGCGAUUCCUUCUCCGGGAGACAGUGGAUCAGCUGCAGGCCCUGCAGGGCUCCCUGGAGGGAGCCUCAGACACACUUGAGGGACAGAUGGGUGGCUCUCGGAUGGAUGUGCCCAUGCAGAAAGCAGAAGAGUCAGGGCGGCCUCGAGCUGGCAGGCGGUCUGGGCGCCGGGCCAUGCGGAGCAUCUGCCUGUCUGCGAGCACCCCAGAUUGUGGGAUUCCGAACCCAGAUCUCUAUGUGGAAUCUGACACUCAGUGGAUGGUGCAAGUGAACCGAUUACAGCAGCUCAUAGACCAGUUGGAGUGUAAGACCCUGCGGCUGGAGCCCUUAACAGAAGGCGUAGUCUGCAGAGCGGCUGACUCACAGAUCCUGGUGGCACGGAGGCAGAUCUCAGUGACUGGGGAGGCCCUGCAGGACUUCCAGCGGGCCCUCGGCUGCUACACAGAUUUUACAAGUGCCCAGAGCAGCUGCCUCCACGUGUCGGUGCAGCAGCUGCGGGACGGAGCCGCCUUCAUUCUGUUUGAGUUCUGGAAGGAUGAAGCCUCCUGGAAAAGUCACUCCCAGACAAGCUGUUCUAAGGCCUUCCAGAGAGUUCUCAUUGACCACCUGCAGACCCCAGAGAUCCUGACCACCAUGCUUUUUCCAGCUUCAUGGUGGAUCAUGAAUAAUAACUGAAUCCGGGUCUUGGGAUGAAGGUCACUUCAGCCCCACAUUGCCGCUUAUCCCCAGGAGCCCCGAGGACUCAAGAUUAGCGACUUGGCUCUGUGUGGUUUGAAAGCUCUGGAGGUGGGGAGCCAGGUGUCCGGACAGGGAGGUUCCCCAGCCCACGCUGCUGCCUUUCGGAAGCUCUCCUCCAAGCUAACCCCAACAACCAUCCCUUGUGCCCCAGGCCCGGCUGCUGAGGGUGGUGGCUUCCAUAUGCACAGGCAGGUCCCAGAGGGUGGGGGGGACUUCUCCAUGGCAGCAUGAUGCAGAGGAAAGCGCAGGGUCAGCUUCGGUCUAAAUCUGAGUCACUUGCUUCCUCUCUGUGGGCCUCAGUUUCCCAGUUUGUAAAUGGGGGGGAGUUGUAUCUGAUGAUUUCUAAGGUCCUGUGGCUGCUUGACGACCAUUUCACUGAGGCAGAAGGUGCCUAUCCGUAGCUUUGUCUGGGCUUAGAAGGGUGACUGAAGGCCUUGGUGGGGACUGGGUCACCUCAUCCCGGGCCUGAGGUAAUCUGCUGGGGAGUCAGGAUACAGGCCUUGCUGUGUAGCAUAAGUAUGUGUGUGUGUUAAGUGGUGAUGGGGAGGGGAGGAACAAGGGCUCUGCCCCAUCUCCUCACGGGGAGGAGAGAGGCUCUAAUUUGCAUGUAUUUUGCAUAUACUUUGCAUGUCCGUGUACCACCCACAUGCAGCUAUCUUUAGGAUAAAAGUGACUGCAUGAGUAGCAGUAACACUGAGGACUCCAGUCACGGAAGAGGAGCCCGUGAUGCUCCCACUUCACCUGCAAUAAAGGUUCCUGUCUCA